UUUAUCCACAAGACAAGUCCACAAUAGCGACAUGGAUCAAAUUAUGACCUCGAGUCCAAACUAAUUGUUUCUUGACAAAAACAAACUGAAAAUCCAUACAAAUCUGGGUUUGGAAAUUUUUUCUCUUCUCUGAAGAUGAGUAGUGUACCAAUUACUGGAGCAAUUCUAGCAUCAACCCAUUUGAAUUUUCCUUCAACCCACAUUUCUAAGUUGCAAAAUCCCAUUUAUGGAAGAAGAUCAAGAAUUCGGAUUCACUGUUCAUCUUCAUCUCCUGACUUUUCCUCAAUUACUGAGAAUUUUAAGGACGCUAUUUCUCUCACAGGUGGUGCAUUGGAUUUUCAGAAGGCAACUACAUCUCUUUCUUCUGAGCAAUUAUCUUCCCCAAAGAAGAUAACACUUGUCAGGCAUGGCCUUAGCUCAUGGAAUGCUGAAAGUAGAGUUCAGGGAAGUUCGGACUUGUCUGUUCUGACAGAUGAGGGAGCAAAGCAGGCGGAGAGAUGUAGGAAGGCGUUAGCAAAUAUACAUUUUGAUAAAUGCUUCGCAAGUCCAAUAUCUCGUGCUAAGUCUACUGCUGAAAUACUAUGGCAAGGGAGAAAAGAAGCACUUAUUUUCUAUGAUUCUUUGAAGGAGGUUCAUCUUUUUUUCUUGGAGGGCAUGAAAAAUGAGGAUGCUAAACAGAGAUAUCCCAAGGAAUAUACAACCUGGAGGGAAGAUCCUGUAAACUUCAAUGUGAACGGCACCUAUCCUAUUAGGGAUUUGUGGGUGACAACAGCUGAAACUUGGAGAGAAAUCUUGUCAAACCCUGGGAAGAGCUUUUUGGUGGUCACUCACAAAUCAAUAUUGAGGGCACUCGUCUGCACAGCUCUAGGGCUAGGCCCAGAAAGAUUUCGCGCAAUUGAUGUGAACAAUGGCGGAAUUUGUGUACUGAAUUUCAACAAAAGAGGAGAAGCUAUGCUUCAUUCUCUGAACAUGACUGCCCACAUGUACACUGAUCUCACUUAUAUGCACUGAAUUUUGUUACAACUUUCUGGAAGGGGAGAUCACGAGACCACAGCUAAGUAAUUAAACCGAUUCUGUUCUAGCUUGAAAAUUCUGAUUCCAUUCGAUAUCAUUCUUCUUGAAGUGUUUCUGGCAAUUCAUUGUAACUUAUCGGUUUUUGGGAUGUCAGUACUGGUAUCAAUCAUUGUAAGUGACUGAUAAUGUUAAUUGAUACACUGAUAAAGUUAACUGAUACACCAGUGUAUAUAGCUUAAAUGAUUAUAUAAUCUUCAUGUUUACCUCUGGUUUCAUUUGUCUA